AUGUUCCCACCAGAACUUGAUGGCGUGCGAACAGCACUUCACCGAACUACUUCCCAAAAACUUGUGAAAUUCUUCGUUUUGUUGCUCAUCGCUUUUCUCGUUGCUCGAUUCGUUGUCGUAACUGUCAAGGGCACCGUGACACUCUUGAUCACCUUGGUGAAGACGUGCUUGAUCGCCUACAUCCUUGCUAUCAUGCUCUAUCUCGUCGACAAGAUGGUGAACUAA